UGACGCAGCUCCAGCUGGAACCGUCAGGUGCGCGCCCGAGAAGCAAGGCCGUGCAGGCAGUUGCCGCCUCCAAAGCCUUUUUGAAGCUAGGCAGCUGCCCUUCCAGCACCAGCAGAGGCGCCCCAGACGAACAGCCCGCCAAGUACGAUGAGCAGCACGCCGAUAUAAACUCCAUCCCGCUCGCUUCCGCACCAACGCCGUCUAUCGUCGCUUCCCAAUCCGCAGCCAACUUGACUAGCAGACGAGUGCUUCCUGCACCUACUAGCGAAAAUGUUUUUGGUGCGAAAUGCCGCAAAGCUCAUCUUCGGCUCCAGCAGCCAGGAGUCGCUCUCCGAGUUGCCCCAGGGCCAACUCUACCUCGUCAGGCCGCUUUCCCCCAAAGGCUACUCGGAGCUCAUAUUCAAGGACGCCGCUGCUCGCAUCCGAAGAACGGGCCAAGAUUUCCAAUACCAGCUCGUCGUCCAGCGUGCCUACGAGGAAGGUGAGGCUGAGCUUCUGGCUGAGGAGGAAGGCGACGAAGCCGAGGAGGACGCCCUUGCCUCGGAACGCGACGAAAAGACGUUUCUUCUCGACGAGGCCCUUCACUUUCGAUUCGAGAACCGAGGCGGUGGCGGCGAGAAGGUUCUCUGUUGGCGCGACCUGAGCGGUGACGCAGGUGACGUCUACGAGUUCGUCUGCGACCGUACCGACACCUCGCCUGCCCAAGUCGACGCUUUCGUGCGCAUCGCUCGGCAGUGCCAGUACGAACGCAAAUACCGGAAACCCCAUACCACGGCGUCCGAGGACGAUCUACUCCAGUUCGAGUUCGACGAGCAGCCCAUCCCACCUGCCAGUCCUUUGCACGGCCCGACCUUGACCCGCUCAAUCGAAUCCUCAGACUCGAUGUUCUCAAGCAAGAACGUUCUGGCCAACACUCCGGUCAAGAGAUCGGCAGGAAAGGCAGCACCCGCAUCCCCGGUCGCCUCGUCCCCGGCGACAGCUCCCGCCUCCAGUCCGGUGGCCACUCCAUCAAAGAACAAGGGCAAGGCUAAGAGCACCCCCGCCCCAGCGGCACCUACCGAGCAGCCCGAGGCCAGGGAGAUCCUAGCUGCCGAACUUGGCGAGCUACACUUUUUCGAUUUUGUGUCUGGCUCUUUUCUGCUACAAGAUGCCUCUGUCAGGGCCGUGGUCUCGGAGACGGGAGACUGGCAGUACUGGCUGCAGAUAGCGAGCGAGGACCGGGACUGGGUGGGCAUCGACAUAUCUGGCGAUAUAAACCCAGUCUUUAACUUCGAGUUCCUGUCAUUCAUCUUCAACCAGUUCGUUGGCGAGGGACAGGCAUACUCAUGGCUCAUCCGCUUCAAAGACCAAGCCGCCAUGGAGCGUUUCCAAGAAGGUCUCCUUAGAGGCAUCUGGGAGAAGCUGAAUGAGACAAAGUGGGCCAAGAUGAAAGAGAAGGACCAAGACUACAUCACGGAUGCUUUCGCCGAGCUUGCCAUGGACGACAUUGAGGAAGACGAAGCGGCCGCACAACUCCAGCAAGAGGAGGAGGAGGCGGAGGAGUAUGAGGAGGAUGAGGAAGAAGACGACGCUCCUCGCAGCGAGCACUAUGACAGCGACGAGGAAGACGAUGAUGUUGACGUCAAGCCCAAGGACACGGCCGUCAACAAGUCUCUGGCGGUGGGUUACAAGCACGACCGGUCGUUUGUCGUGCGCGGCUCGCAGAUUGGCGUGUUCAAGCAUACGCCCAGCAACAAACUCGAGUUUUCGACAAACAUUUCCAAGGUCGAGACACCGGACGGCAAACUGUUCAGUCCAAAGAAGGUCAUGCUCCACAACGAGGAUCGCAACAUGAUUCUGCAAAACGAGGCGGACCCGAACAAGCUCUUCCGCAUGGACCUCGAGUACGGCAAGGUUGUGGACGAGUGGAAUGUGCAUGAAGACAUCCCCGUCGUGACCUUUGCCCCGGAGAACAAAUUCGCGCAGAUGACCCACGAGCCGACGUUCUUGGGAAUCUCCCGCAACGCUCUCUACCGCAUCGAUCCGCGUCUAGCGGGAACCAAGCUUGUGGACAGCCAGCUGAAGCAGUAUGUGAGCAAGAAUGACUUCUCGUCGGUCGCGACGACGGAGAAGGGCCACAUCGCGGUGGCGUCCAACAAAGGCGACAUUCGAUUGUUCGACCGUCUCGGUAUCAACGCCAAGACGCACAUCCCCGCCCUAGGCGAGCCCAUUAUCGGUCUCGACGUGUCGGCAGACGGCCGCUGGGUGCUGGGCACAUGCCGCACGUACCUGCUCCUGAUCGACGCGAUGCAAAAGGGCGGCAAAAACGAGGGCAAGCUCGGCUUCGAAAAGAGCUUCGCAGCGACGGACAAGCCGCAGCCGAGGAGACUGGCACUCCGGCCCGAGCACGUGGCUCAGUUUGCGCACGAGACGGGCAAGGGCGUCUCGAUGACGCCGGCCAAGUUCAACACGGGCUCUGGACAAGAGGAGACGCAGAUCAUCACGGCCACAGGCCCGUACGUGGUCGAGUGGAGUCUUAGGAAGGUGCUGGCGGGCUCCAAGGAGCCGUACAAGAUCCGCAGGUACUCUGACGACGUCAAGGCCGACGACUUCAAGUACGGGUCCGACAGGAACAUCAUCAUGGCGCUGCCGCACGAGGUCAACAUGGUCAGCAACAAGUCGCUCAAGCGGCCGACGCGCGAGAGCAUAGCCGGCGACGCCAUUCUCUCACUCGGUGGUGGGCGGCGGUCGUCAGCGCGCAUUGGCACGCGAGCGAGUGGGCGGUACAAGCUGGGCAAGGACGACAUUGUAGAGGAGUACUGAGGGUGCAAAGGGUGGGACACUCUGGUGCUAGGCCAGGAGUUGGGCUAUCAUGACAAGGGUUCGAGAUUGGGCAUGUUCUUUAGUUGUAGCGAUUUCGGUCUUUGCUUGAAUUUGCAAUGAUAGUUGUCCGUUGCGUAUUGAGGCGCUUUUUUCCCCCCAGAAGCACCGAGAGGAAUACAGACCGGGGGUAGGCGGGCGGGCGUGCACGCAACAAAGUUCUGCCCAGCCAGCCGGCAAG